UGCGCUGCAUAGCGAGCUCGCCCUGCCACGCCAUACCGUCCGUUAUUCCGUCUUUCGUAGCACUACCCAGCACUUUUACCCGGACAACAUGAGGGAAUGCAUCUCAGUCCACAUCGGCCAAGCCGGCGUCCAGAUCGGUAACGCCUGCUGGGAACUGUACUGCCUCGAGCAUGGCAUCCAGCCGGACGGUCAGAUGCCAUCUGACAAGACCCUGGGCGGUGGAGAUGACUCGUUUAACACCUUCUUCAGUGAAACCGGUGCUGGCAAGCAUGUGCCGAGGGCUGUGUUUGUAGACUUGGAGCCCACUGUUGUUGACGAAGUCCGCACCGGCACAUACCGGCAGUUGUUUCAUCCAGAACAGCUUAUCACUGGCAAGGAGGAUGCCGCCAACAACUACGCCAGAGGGCACUAUACUAUCGGCAAAGAAAUAGUCGAUGUUGUUCUAGACAGGCUCAGGAAGUUAGCUGACCAAUGCACAGGUCUUCAGGGUUUCCUGGUGUUCCACUCGUUCGGUGGCGGCACCGGUUCCGGGUUCACCUCGCUGCUGAUGGAGCGCCUGUCGGUCGACUACGGCAAGAAGUCCAAGCUGGAGUUCUCCAUCUACCCUGCACCACAGGUGUCAACAGCAGUGGUCGAGCCGUACAACUCUAUCCUGACCACGCACACCACUCUCGAGCACUCGGACUGCGCUUUCAUGGUCGAUAACGAGGCCAUCUACGACAUCUGCCGUCGAAACUUGGACAUCGAGCGUCCUACGUACACCAACCUUAACAGGCUGAUCGGACAGAUCGUAUCCUCCAUCACAGCCUCGCUUCGCUUCGACGGAGCGCUCAACGUGGACCUCACGGAGUUCCAGACCAACUUAGUGCCGUACCCGCGCAUCCACUUCCCUCUCGCCACCUACGCUCCCGUUAUCUCGGCGGAGAAGGCGUACCACGAACAGCUGACCGUUGCCGAGAUUACUAACGCUUGCUUCGAGCCUGCCAACCAGAUGGUAAAAUGCGACCCACGCCACGGCAAGUACAUGGCGUGCUGCAUGCUGUACAGGGGAGACGUGGUGCCGAAGGACGUGAACGCGGCCAUCGCCACCAUCAAGACUAAGAGGACCAUCCAAUUCGUGGACUGGUGCCCCACAGGGUUCAAGGUGGGCAUCAACUACCAGCCGCCGACGGUAGUCCCUGGUGGUGACUUGGCCAAAGUGCAACGCGCUGUGUGCAUGUUGUCUAACACUACCGCCAUUGCCGAGGCUUGGGCCAGACUGGACCACAAAUUCGACCUAAUGUACGCGAAGCGCGCCUUCGUGCACUGGUACGUGGGCGAGGGCAUGGAGGAGGGCGAGUUCUCGGAGGCGCGCGAGGACCUCGCCGCGCUCGAGAAGGACUACGAGGAGGUCGGCGUCGACUCCACCGAGGGGGAGCUCGACGAGGAGAAUGAGUAUUAGGAGGUUAGGAGGUAUUAGGUACUACGUAAGCGUUGAAGUUAGUCUAAAAGUGAGGACUAAUCUACAAUACCCAUGAUUUUAAAGUUUUAUACAUUUGUGUACU